AUGGGCUUCUUUGGACGAGCCCGCGAGUCGGUGUCCAAUGAUCACACUCUCCUGCGAGCUAAAAGGGAUGGUGCCAGAGUUGCUCGCGCACUCCCUUCAGCAACCGGCAACUAUCUCCUCGAGAAGGUCCCGGUGAUUCACUGGCUGCCCAAGUAUAACCCACGAUGGCUGCUCAACGACACGCUCGCUGGCAUCACAGUCGGAGUAUUGCUCAUUCCUCAGGGGCUGGCAUACGCGAAGAUUGCCACUAUUCCAGGAGAAUAUGGCCUCAUGUCAUGCUGGCUUCCGAACUUCCUAUACUUCAUCAUGGGAACGUCCAAGGACUUGUCCACUGGACCCACCUCGCUUUUGGGUCUGCUCACAGCGGAAAUCAUCCGCGACGUUGGGAGUGAGGGCUUCACUCCUCAGGCCAUCUCUUCCGCUGUCGCCAUGUCAGUAGGCAUCUACGCCCUUAUCAUCGGCCUGUUGAAACUUGGAUUCCUCCUCGAGUUCGUCUCGAUUCCAGUGCUCAAUGGAUUCAUCUCGGCCGUUGGUAUUGUCAUCAUGCUUGGUCAGAUCCCCUCACUCUUUGGCGUCAAAGUGGGCACCGGCACUGCAACCAUUAUCCAUGACCUUUUCUCCCAGAUACCUGACUUCAAGGGCCCCACGGUUGGCGUCGGGCUUGGAGGAAUCGUCUUGCUUGUGGCUAUGCAGAAAAUGGGCCAGAGGUGGGGUAAGAAGAGCAAGAUUAUCUGGCUCGUGGCCCUUGCUCGAAGUGCGAUCGUUCUGGUGCUCUUCACUGGUAUCUCUUAUGGGGUCAACAAGAACAUUGAUCUUGAGAAUGACGACCCGGUCUGGGAACUCAGCAAAGUCAAGUCAAACGGCAUCGCCACGCCUAUGAUGCCUCCGCCCAGCCUCGUCUCCAAAGUGUUCCCUCGCGCCAUCGCACCGUUUCUUGCCGGUGCUAUUGAACACUUGGCCAUCGCCAAAGGCUUUGCUCGCAAAAACGGCUAUGUCAUCGACCCAGCGCAAGAGCUGGUAUACCUCGGAGCGACAAACUUCUUCAACAGCUUCUUCUCCGUCAUGUCGGUCGGCGGCGCCAUGUCCCGCACAGCCGUCAACUCCGACACCGGCGUCAAGAGCCCUGUAUAUGGCCUUGUCGCCGGCGGCGUGGUCGUGCUCUCUAUCUUCUUCCUCAGUCCUGCACUGUUCUGGAUCCCAAAGGCAACGCUGGCGGCUAUCAUCGUCGUGGCUGUUUGGCACGUCGUCUCCCCGCCCAAAGUAUUCUACGCCUACUGGAAGACGUCACUGGUUGACUUCGUCGCCUCCAUGCUCGGCUUUUGGGUCACGCUCUUCGUGUCCACCGAGAUCGGCAUCGCGUCCGCCGUUGGCUUCCAACUCGUCUAUCAAAUUCUUUACACAGCCUUCUCGCGCGUGCGCCGCAUUAACUCGCUCAGCUGGAAGCAGCCUGUCUAUGUCGAUGGCGCUAGCUCCGUGCCUCCGGACGCUCAAGUCUUCAAGCCGCAUCAGUCACUCAUCUUCUUCAACGCCUUCUCCAUCAAAGAGCAAUGCUUCGACAUUGUCCAAACGUACAACUCGGGCACCGUCGUGACGCUGCAGGCUCAGAAGGCAGACCGCAACUGGAGUGUAUCUGGUCAGCGCCGGGUUGCACAGCUGCGCAAGCGGGCCGAGAUCGUGCAGGAGCCGUUCCCGAUCCAGAUCGUCGUUCUGGAUAUGGCAAUGGUGGCUACGAUUGACACGACGGGGCUGGUGGCGCUGAAGGACUUCAAGGUCGACCUGGAGAAGUUCGGCGGGCCGACCACCGAACUCAGGUUUGUCGGCAUCCACGACGGGGUGAGGGAGAAGUUUGAGCGCUUUGGCUGGGACUUGUAUGAUGAGGACCGCGUUAGCCCGGAGGCCAGAAGCAGCAUUAAGGGAAGUCUCGUGUACAGGAGCGUGACGGACGCGGUCAGUGAUCGGAGCGGGGUGCAAGGGCCCGCGGAGAUCAUGGUCGUUGGCAAUGAGAAGGUCUGA